AUGGCCACCGGCACUAUCCUGUCCGUCAGUUCCGCGAACAGCCCGGAGAAUCGCAGCAAGAAAGGCUCGCGGCACGUGGUGCCCUCCGGGCAGACCACAAGAUCUCCCAUGGCGAGCUCCGCCUUUAUACGGUCACCGUCCACCUGCCGGUCCCUCGACAGACGCACUGUUCUUAUCGGGGAGAGGAUCUCCGAGAGCCUGGAGAUGGAGUAG